AAUGAAAUAUCUAACUAUAAGAGAUUAUUCAGAUGCCGACGGUUACUGCAAAGAUCGUGAUGGUAUUUUAGCAAGUGUCACCACAGAAGCUGAAAUGGAUUUUAUAGUUAACACUCUAGCACCGGAUGAGGAGGAUUUCUGGAUUGGUCUUCAUUGUUCUAAUUUUGGAAAAAGUCCACCUUUUUCAAAAAGUGAUUUUGUUUGGAAAGAUGGAUCUCCUGUUGUCAGUUCAAUGAAUAGUUUAUGGGAGAUGAGUCCAAACGACAAUUCGCGGUGCGUAAGGGUGAAUAGAAAAACUAGGUCUUACCAUCCUUACGAGGAGUAUGGAUUAUAUAAUGAUAGAGAAUGCUUUAAGGAAUAUGAUACGCUUUGCAAGAUAAAAGUAAUUGAAACAACCACUGUUUUACAAACUACAACUGUUAAACCUACAACUACAGUUGAACCUACAACAACUGUUAAACCUACAACUACAGUUGAACCUACAACAACUGUUAAACCUACCACUACUGUCAGAGCAACUACAACAGUUGAACCAACGACUACUGUUAAACCUACAACUACUGUUGAACCUACAACAACUGUUAAACCUACAACUACAGUUGAACCUACAACAACUGUUAAACCUACCACUACUGUCAGAGCAACUACAACAGUUGAACCAACGACUACUGUUAAACCUACAACUACUGUUGAACCUACAACAACUGUUAAAUCUACCUCUACUAUUGAACCUACCACAACUAUUAAGGCUACCACUACUGCUGAAUCCUCGACAACAGUCAAAGCUACUACUACAGAUGAACCAACAACUACUAAAGCUACGACUACAGUGGAACCUACCAGUACAAUUGAACUUAUAACAACCGAAAAACCGACAACUACAAAAGAAUCUGAGACUACAGUUGAAACAACUAAUGUUCAAACAGUAACGACUAACAAAAAAAUUUCAUCUAUUACAACAUUUGCAAAAACCGAAAAAGUCCACACUACUUCAACGAAAUUCACUACAGAUCAAACAACUUCGGAGACGACACCAUCAACACUUAAAUUAACAAACAAUAACAUUGAUUCAUCGGUUCAGACAAGUUCCCAUGCAACGAAUAAUAUUAAGAUAUCUUCAAUUGCUACAAAUGAAGAUACGACAAUGAAAUCUAUAUAUUUAGAAACAACUAAAGCCACCAUAAAGCCUAUAGAGUUAAAUGUGAGUAUAACUCUACCAACUGAUCAAAAUCAAACAAAUCCUAUUGUAAUAGAACCAAACGCUCAAUGCAACAUGUCCGAAAAAAGAUACGAUAAAAAGCAGAUGAAAUCCUUCUACUCACCAGGAAAGCCACUAGUAUUUCAGUGCACUAACAAUAAAAUUUUUAAACACGGAGGAAGUUCAAGAACAACAGAGUGUAUUGGUAAUAACCAUUGGAGUUCUGAAGUAGAUUCAUGCGAAGAAAAGUGUUCAUUAGAGGAAGAUAGACUAGCUUGUUUAACAUCAUUCAUUCAUAAUCAUAAAUCAAAAUGUACACCAAAAUUUUCUUGGGAUUCCAGUCAUUGUAAAGAAAUUGGAUGCGUUCCCCCACCUUAUGUAAAAAAUUCUGGAAUUGCUGGUCUAACUUUGAAUAAAUCAACAAAUCUCUUAACCCUAAAUGUAAAAUGUUUGAUUGGUCAUCGUCUACAAGAUGGCAGAGAAGAAUUUUUAAUUGAACAAGAUUCCACAACAUCGUGGAUAAUUCAUGCAGCGGGCUUUUGUGAAAUUCUAAGAUGUCCUCCAAACCCAAAAUUCUCUUUUACUAGUAUAAAUGAUACUGCAGUUACUUAUGGAACUGUUUUAAAAUAUACUUGUAAACCUGGCUAUACAUUUCCUGAUUUUAACUUAACAAAAACUAUAAAAUGUAAUGAAACCCAACAAUGGGAAGGUCAUAUUGAAAAUUGUCAAGAGAUAAUAUGUAAUAAUUUGUCAGCCAUUGCAAAUUCGCGCUACAACUAUAUAGGCUUAAGUUCAUUUGGUACACCUUCUUAUAAUUUAUCAUGUAUACCCGGAUUUAACUUGCCUUUUAGAAUGAUUGACGGUUUUACUUGGAAUGAUAUCAUAUGUCAACCAAACGGAUCUUGGAAUUCAAGUGAUAUUGACUGCAAACCAAAUCGGUGUCCCUCACCCAUUAAUCUGAUACAAAAUGCUAAAAUUGAACAUAAAAUCAAUGUUACUGUUGGGAAUAUUUUGAUAUUCACUUGUUUCGAAGGAUAUGAAUUUUCCGACGGCACUGUCAAUAAAAGCUGCGCUUGUUUAUCCAAUACAUAUUGGGAAAACAUAGAAAAUCAAUGCAAAAUUAAAGAAUGUACUACAAGACAUUUAAAUCAUUUAAAUUCAUACAAAAACGUUCAAUUCAAUAAAACGGAAGAACUUGAAUGUGAAACUGGUUAUACAUUUGAGUUAUCUCCCCUAAAGAAUGUAACAUGCAAUCUUAACAAGGAACUGUCUAUUGGUAACGAUAGUUGCAAUCCUGUGCGUUGUCCAAUACUUCCAAAAGUUGAUAAUGGAGAAUGGAUAGGGCAAAACGUCUAUAAAUCUUCAGCAAUGCUAUCAUGCAAUGAAGGAUUUAAAAUAAAUAAUGAAGAGAUAACUUUACCAAUUGUUUGCGAACAUACAUCAGAAUGGUCUACGCAAAUUUCAGCAAUAUUUUGUAAAAGAAAACAUUGUCCAAUAAUACCAACGUGGGAUGGUAUUUCAAUCAAUUCAACAUCAACAAAAUACGAAAGCUACGUUAGAGUUCAAUGUUUACGGAAUAAUUCAACGCAAAAUGUAUUUUGCAAUCAAUCUGCAAAAUGGUCGCCAAAAUUAUUAAGUUGCUCUGAAAAUCCAUAUACGGAGCCAAAACCAGACGAAGCAAGCAACUCAGAUACAUUUGGCUACAUUGCAAUUGGUUUGCUGCUAUUCAUUCUUUUUAGUAAUUUAUUAAAUAAGAAAAUAGAUAAGAAACGUUUAUAUAAAUCUUUGAAAAAGAGAAAAAAAAAGAAUAAACUUAUUAUAUAA